AUGCACUUGAAGUUCACACUUGCAGUAAGUGGAGACAAGUACAAAGACCCACAAAGUCAAACUACAACUAGCAACAGCAACCAAGUAGCAACCAGCAACCAGGAACCAGCAACCAGGAACUGGCAACCAGGAACCGGCAACCAGGAACCAGCAACCAGGAACCAGCAACCAGGAACCAGCAACCAAGUAGCAACCAGCAACCAGGAAUUGGCAACCAGGAACCGGCAACCAGGAACUGGCAACCAGGAACCGGCAACCAGGAACCAGCAACCAAGUAGCAACCAGCAACCAGGAACCGGCAACCAGGAACCGGCAACCAGGAACCGGCAACCAGGAACCAGCAACCAGGAACCCGACAACCACGAAUCCGGCAACCAGGAACCGGCAACCAGGAGCCAGCAACCAGGAACCAGCAACCAGGAACCAGCAACCAGGAACCAGCAACCAGGAACUGGCAACAGCAACAGGAGGAGCUAG